AUGGAAUAUUGUGAUGGUGCACAAAUAAACGAUGUAGAUUAUUUCACAAAUAAUAAUAUAAAUCGUUAUGAAGUCUGUCGCAAAUUAGGCGCCUUAUUUAGUGAAAUGAUAUUUAUCAAUGGUUAUAUUCACUGCGACCCGCAUCCUGGAAAUGUUUUAGUUCGAAAAGCUAUAGAUGGACGCGUUUCGAUCGUUCUUCUGGAUCAUGGCCUUUAUCUGACAACGGAACCGGAUUUCCGAAUAAAAUACGCAAAACUGUGGAUUGCUUUGUUAAAGCCAGAUUUGAAUGAAGUCAAGGAAUGUGCACAAGCAAUGGGUGUGGGCGAACUGUACGGCCUUUUUGUCUGCAUGGUAACAAAUAGAUCGUGGGAUGCAAUUAGUCAGGGCAUCAACCGAACCACUGCCACAGCUGAUGAACGUCAAGAAAUAAAAGCUUAUGCAGCAACACUGAUUCCUGAAAUCUCACAAGUAUUGGAGCGAAUGCCGCGAUCGAUGUUGUUAAUAUUGAGAACGAAUGAUCUGUUGAGAAGCAUUGAAUAUCGGCUAGGAACACAGGGACGUGCAGAUACAUUUGUGCAGAUGGCACGAUGCUGUGUUCGUUCAGUUCAUGAGCGUUCCGCUGAACAGAACAAAUCUUGGUUUGCAAGGAUUUCGAUUUACGUGCGUAUGUACAUUGCACUUUUCGCGAUCACUGUCUACGAGUACUACCUGAUGCUUACGAAUCCAUUUUAUGCGAAAGCAGUCCAGUGA